GGCAGGAGGAUGGGCGCCAAGCAGAGCGGCCCGGCCGCCGCCAACGGCCGCACUCGGGCUUACUCCGGCGGGGAUUUACCUUCGAGCAGCGGCGGCGGCGGCGCUCACGGGACGGGCGGCCGGCCGACAGGCGGCGGGGGGCGGUACACGCACCUGGCGGCGGGGGUGCACCACGCGGGGCCUGGAGGCGCGGCGGCGGCGGCGGCGGCUCCUCCGGUGGCGGCGCCGCGGAGCAGGUCUCUGGGCGGGCCGGCCGCCGCCGCCGGGGCUCGGGCCGCCCACUCCGCCUUCCACAUCCCCAGCAGCAGCGGCCUCUACGGCUCCCAGGACUCGGUCAACAGCACCCCCGAGGAAGGCGGGCGGGAGCGGCCCGUCGCCGGAGGAGGAGGAGGGCAUGGCGGCGGGAGCGGGGGGCCCCGCCUGGUCAUCGGCUCCUUACCUGCCCACCUCUCGCCUCACCUGUUUGGAGGAUUCAAGUGUCCUGUUUGUUCCAAGUUUGUAUCUUCAGAUGAAAUGGAUUUACAUCUUGUGAUGUGCUUGACAAAACCGAGGAUAACCUACAAUGAGGAUGUGCUGAGUAAGGAUGCCGGGGAGUGUGCAAUAUGCCUGGAAGAGCUACAACAAGGAGAUACAAUAGCACGAUUGCCUUGUCUAUGCAUAUAUCAUAAAGGAUGCAUAGAUGAAUGGUUUGAAGUAAACCGGUCUUGUCCUGAGCAUCCUUCAGAUUAACGGUGGAGGUUUCUGGUUUGUAGGUAACUGCUGCUGCUCUUUCAUAUUAAUUUUAACCUGUUAAAAAGUGUCACUAGCCGAA